UGCAGAACCAGCGAUCGUGCUUGAUCUCCACGCGGCAACGGCGGCAUGAGCAAUGACAUCAGUCUUAUCAACGGCGGCUACGGGCCUGUCCGUGGGGGUGGCCUUGUGGAAACGGUAGACGAUGACUUUGACGGAUACGACGACGAUGACACGGUGAACACGUCCGCGAUUAUCUUACAUCCGACGCAAGGUGCGACGACGUCGACGGUCGCGACAUCCACUCAUUCGUCGUGGAAUUAUACCAUCGAGCCGCAACUGUUCCGCGGACUAAGCAACCAAGGGGCGACGUGCUACAUGAAUUCCCUUCUUCAAUCGUUGUACAUGACACCUGAAUUUCGCCACCAAUUGUACCAGUCCGUGACAACGCGGGACCAUGACGACGCGACGGACCUCGAGACGAACAUCCCAUUCCAACUGCAAAAGCUGUUUGCCCACCUCCAACUCAACAAGGAACGGAAAGCAAUCGACACGAAGGCGUUGACGAAGAGCUUUGGGUGGAAUUCGUCGGACGUAUUCCAACAACACGACGUCCAAGAGCUGUGUCGUGUGCUGUUCGACGCGCUGGAAGAAUCGCUCAAGGGCACCCCGACCGAACAUUUGGUCAACGACUUGUACCAAGGCCAAUUGAAAGACUAUGUGCAAUGCGCGAGCUGCGGCAACGAGAGCAGUCGCCUCGACAACUUUCUCGACCUGAGUUUGGUCAUCCGGCCGUUCGGGUCGACGCAGAUGAUGCAAAGUGUCGAGGAAGCGAUCGAAUACUUUUUGAAGCCCGAGGUGCUGUCGGGCGAAAACCAGUGGGACUGCUCCAAGUGCGCCAAGAAGCAGGACGCGAUCAAGGGGCUCAAGUUCUCCAAGCUCCCGUACUUGCUAGCGCUGCAGCUCAAGCGUUUUGACUUUGACUACACAACGUUCAACCGCAUCAAACUGAACAACGAAGUGCGCUUCCCCAAGUACCUGAACAUGAACACGUAUGUCCACGACACGAAGGGCGGCGUGAUCGCGCGCAAGAUGUCCCUCGAGCGACAGGAACUCAAUGACAGGCGUGAAGACGACAGCGGAAGCGACCGCCUCACCGCCGACGCGACGUCCCCCACGUCCGUCGGUGGCUCGCUGCCUUCGUCCCCUACGAAUGCGCCGUUCGACGAGAACGACGACGACGAACCUCUUCAAGACACGUGGAACCCCGAUUACGACGUCGAUGCAGUCAUCCAAUCGACGGGGCCGUUUGUGUACGAGCUCUUUUCGGUCCUGAUCCACUCGGGCAGCGCCAUGGGGGGCCACUACUACGCGUACAUCAAGUCGUUUGAGGAUGGCAACUGGUUCAACUUUAACGAUUCCACCGUGAGCAGAAUCACGGAAGCCGAGGUCCGGACGGCGUGGGGGCCCAAGGCCCAGCCAGCAGGCACCAUGUCGUAUGGAGGCUACCGCUUGUCUGGCAGCACGUCUGCGUACAUGUUGAUGUAUCGUUUGGUGGACCGCAGCCGCAAUCGAGCAGGGAUCGCGGACUCGCAAGUGCCAUCGUUUCUGAAGGACUUGAUCUUGGAUGACGAAGCCAAGCGGGUCGAACGGGAGAAGGAGCGCGAAGAAAAGGCUCGGUUGAUCAUGCUCAAGGUGUUUUGCGACGACGCAACGUUCAAGACGAUGCACAUUUCGAAACUUACGCCGCUCCAAGAAGUGACAGAGAAAGCGUGCGUCUUGUUCGACCACAUUACGUACCACCCCGACUUGGUUCGGCUGCGAAGCUACAGCGACUACACCAAGAUGCCCCAGGACACGUACACGGGAAGGGAGCAGUGUAGCCUCAUGCAACUACAACUGUACACGCACAGCUGCCUGUACCUGGAAGUGCGCCAGUCGGUGGACGAACCGUGGGUCGAAUACGACGGAACAGCGUUGCAGCUUGUCGUCCGCAAGUACGAGCCGCACCCGACGCCCCACUUUUCAACCCCCCCUUACAACUUACAGAUCUCGGACCGCGCGACCGUCAGCGAUCUUGUUGACGUUCUCAGCACCAAGUACGGCCUGUCGCGGUCACAGUGCCGCGUGCUGCACAUGAGCUCAAACGGGUACUGGAACAUCCAAACGAGCAUCUUGAACCCGGCCGACGAACCCAUGUAUAUGCAGCGCACGCUGCAGCAUGACAUUCGAUUGCGUCACGGCAGCGAGGUGUACGUGGAAGCAUGCCCAAGCCUGGAUACGUGGAGCGACGCCAAGGACCUAUUUGAGACGAAGGCGCACGAAAUAACUAUCCAGGUCAAGUGCAAGGAAAAGGCGAUAUCGAGUCGCGUCAAACGUGCCUCGGUCGACGGCGGCCAGCCGGCAGUGCCGAUCGCCGACACCGUGACAUGGCCAUUCGUGGUGGAUCGCCGAGACAAUCUCCGCGUCCUCAAGGAUAGACUAGCACUGUUCCUCGACAUGCCGAUCGACACGUUCAAGCUGUUUCGCGGAUCGGAGCAAGCGCAGGAGCUCAAGGACCUUGACACGUCGUUCAAAAACUUGACGUUGAUGGACAACUCGACGUUGUUGGUCGCAGGUGGCCGGCCGCUAAAAGCGAACGAGUUUCAUGUCCAGAUCAAGUGGUACCAGCCGAAGCAAACCCCGACGACGACAGAAAGCGCACCGGCGUCGCCGACAUCAGCCGACCAAACGCCGUCGCCGCGACUUUUUCUCGAUGGGGGGACGACUGCAGGGGAACUAACGUGGCUGACGACGCUGAUUGUGUCGAUGGACACCGCCGUCGACGACCUCCGUGCGUCCGUCCGCGCCGCGUUUGAUGGAAAGGGCAUUGCCGCCCCAUACAUUCGCCUCCGCGACUUCGCCAACAAUCGCAUGAGCAUGGUGCUCGCCGACGGCUUCCCACUCAAGAAUGCGUCCAACCUGACGCUGUACGAGAACCGCCAGUUUGUCGUAGAGAUCUUGCCCGCCCCCGAGCACCUCCCCCGCCAUCACAUGUUGUACUAUGUGACCGUGUUCGACCGCGCGACUUUCACAUUUGGAUCACGCCACGAAGUCGUGUUUGCCACCCGCCAUGACACCGAGCACUGGAUGGACGUCCUUGUGGCGAAGGUCGCACAAGUCACGGGACUCCCGGAAGCCACGAUGCAGUUUGCCAAACCGUUCCAAUUCCAGGAAGUGAGUGUGAUGGACGUCGAGGAGUUCACGUGGUCCGAUCGAGACAGCGGACGCCGGUACACCAACCUGCAUGCGCUUGGCACCUACGGCGACCGCCUCCUCGUGUCGGACAGCGCGGUGCCGCUCAAGGAACUGUCCACUGAAGAACGCGCGGCCCUCUUGGCCCAAGUCGACAAGUCAAGCGGCAUCGACACACUGUACCACAACUCGUCGACUGUAUAUGGCCCCGUCGCGCCAAGCGGGCAGUAUGGAACAUCGACUUACCGGUAUGCCAAGCCAAAGGAAGCGGCGCUUGUAAUCCGGACCAAGUCGACCAAAUCGUCGAGCACCGCCGCCAGCGGCAGCGACAGUGUCCCGGUAUCGCCGGGGGUGUCCACCGACGACGAUGCGGACUCGAAGGAGUAUGAAAGGGCAGGAGGCGUGGCGCUGUUUGACGACCUGCAUUAAGACAAACGUAAUAAUUGUUGUCCUGCUCAUCUCGUUUGAGUGAACGCGUCAUGACGGGCGAAAAUCCAUUAGCAGGGUUGAAUGACGACUCGUUUGCUCCUGGGAAGGAUCCAAAUUUCUAAUGGGCGAGGCCCUUUUCAGCGGCGGCGGCAACUUCCUUGCAGUGGUAGUCAAAGAUGUUGCAGUCCGAGUACUUCCAAGGGUAAGGCUUGUUGCGGAUCUUGUUGUGGGAGUACACAGGGGCGUCGUGGUGGUCAGCAUGUUCAUGGUUGAAGUGGGCCGCAAAGCUGAUGACGGUAAACACACCCGUGAACGCAAUCGCGCCUUGCGAGAUGCGAGUCCACAAUUGCAUUUGCUGGAGAGCUUCAGCAUCCGAGCCGUGCGCGGACAUGUGGCGCACUUGGGAGGCGCGGGACACAGCGCGGGACAAGGACUUGGUCAAGAUCGCAGACUACUCACACAUACACCACAUGAGGUUUAUUCUCCUAGCGUUAUGGAGCCAA